AUGGAAAGUGAUUGUUCGUUUGUAUCGAUUGUGGGAGGCCACUGUGGUCAUGAUAGGAGAGACAGAAACAAAGCAACGGGAUGCAUUCCUCUACUUAGUUGUCAGCGAGAUAUUAACGGGCAUAAAGAAAUGUUUGCGUUUCAUGGCAUAGUUGAUGAAAUUGAUCUUAUUCUGGCGAGGGCAUCCAUCUUUUCCUCUCCACGAAAUAUUGACCAAAUGAACAUAUGUCCAGCUCAUCGAGCAUCUCUGGGUAUUGGAUGGACACGCCGAGUUCCGGACAAAUGCAGAAUACCAUCAAUAUUAUCAGGUCAUAGUAAGGACGUGAGCAAAAAGCCAAAAGCGGAUAGAGGUCUAAGCAAAGCAGGUUCACAAACAGUGCUACAACAGAGUGGGAUAUUUCUUCCUGUUGGGUCAGGUUUGUAUCCCUUUUGUAACUCUAAAAAAUAAAGGAACUAACGCUAAUGUACUUCUUCAAAAAAAAGUUACUUAAAAAUCGUCUUUGCAAAGGAAAAUAAUUUAGCUGAAAUUAAUCAAAUUAAUUUCAUUUUAUCUGCAGAAUUCAUUUUCACUGAUUUUUUUUUAAAAAAGGCGUUAAUACACCUGUUCGGUUUUAAACUUCGGGCAAUAUCAAAAAAAUAAUGUUCAAGAGAUGGUUUUUUUUUUUUUUUACUUGAAUGUGCAAUCCUAAUUAAAAUAGUGUGCUUACUGAUAUUUGUAAUCUCUUAGGCGUAUGCCCUAACUGCAGAAAAAUGUUGGCUGGGAACUGGAAACCUGACACAGAAACUGCAGAAGUUGCGUUUGACGAUUGGGAAGUAACAUUUCAAAUGGCGGAGAUGUCUUUGGUAGGAUAA